CAGAUACAGUUAAGACUGCCACGUGUGCACACGGGGUCUUUAGUUUUCACAACGAUUUUUCAUUCGUGACUCAGUAAUUGUUAAUAUUAUUGUGAUUAUUCAUUUGAUCAAAGAUCUUCUUCAAUCGUAAGAGUUUUAAAAAUGGUGCAUUUCAAACGUCCGCCUGGCCCAUUGAAUGUCUGGAAUGUAGUUGACGGAUUUGAGGUGCUUGAGGAUGGAACAAAGAAACCUGUCAAGUUUUCCAUUCAAGAAGUCCCAAACACUCCCGAGCACAGACAAGAAGUCAUCAAUCUCCUGUGCGAUCAUUUUUUGGAUGACGAGGCAAUGUGCAGAUGUCUAAAAUUAAAAAAAGAUCCCGAUGGUGUGGACGACUUCAAAACUAUGUGGAACUAUGGAAUGGAUCAAGAAGUAACUGUUGGUUGUUACAAACUUGACUCAGAGGGAAAAAUAGGAGAACUUGUUGGAGUUAACGUGGUGUUUAUGGUGACGGAUGAAACGAGCAAUGACUUUGCCAAGUUUAAGGCUGCCUUCAAAAGUGAUAAUUUUUUGACAAUUUGGAAAUUUUUCGAAUCAUUGUUACAAAAAUGUGAUGUCAAGAAGAUAUACAAUGUAGACAAAUACAUCAGCUCCAUAUGCUUAUGUGUUAAUCCAACAUAUCGUGGUCAAAAGUUGGGAUUUUAUAUGCUUGAUGCAAGGUAA